AAGGCAGAGAAAGGGGAAGAGACGCCUUUUUUACAGCUGAUUUGCCCUGCUCUCUGAGUUCAGUGAGGGCUAAGCAGAAGGCAGGAGAGCCUGUGGUUCUGGGAACAGCUGGACUCAAAUACCCUUGGAUUUGCUGUUCCAGCUCCGGGAGAAAUCAAGGCACCAGGCAAUGCUGCUUCGAGUGACCUUAAGAAACCUGUCCUAGCUUCUGCUUGCUGUAGGCCAUGAUUUUCCAUUGGGAAGGCCUAUCUCAGGGUUCUCUCAAGAGAACUUGAUGGAAGGAUCAUAUUUUUUUAACUGGUUUUCUCAGGGUCUUGCUCAUUUCAGAGUUUGCUGCUGCUGCUGCUUUUUUUUUUUUGUAAAAUCCCAUAAAAAUUUAGGAACUCUCAGUCACUUUAUUUGGAGCCUGCUUUGCUGAGUCUGGGGGUGGUAGUUAAAUAAAGAGGAGGAGGAGGAGGAAGGAAGGAAACAGCUGGGAUUGGUCAAUAUCGGAGGAAACUGGCCAGAAUUCCCCACCAGGAGAGGUGUCAGAGAUGAUCCGAGCUCUUUCAUAUAUCGCCUCUCAACAGAAAACUAAUCGGAGCUGGUUCAUCUGAGCUGCCUAAACACUGGGGAGACAAGACGUCUUGCUGUCCAGGAAAAUUCUGGAGUGACUCUCCUGUAUUGGUUCUGUGUGUGGUGGGAUUUCUGGAAAGGAAGCAGUCACAAGCCACCAGGAGGCUAGUUCCAAAGAAACACAAGAGGAGCACAAUUACUGUGAGCCAAGAACUUGCCUCCCCCCUCCACAGGAGCCAGGCAGGGGAAGGGCGAGCAGGAACCAAUUACUCGAGAAUACAGAAGUCCUGCCAGUCACCUCCAGCCCUCGGAAGGGGAAGUGAGCGCGGCGGCCCGGGCGGGGGAGCAGUGCUGGGACGUUCGUCAGGCUACGGUUUGCAGAGAAGGCUAAGGCUCCUGGGGCCCGGCCUGUGUCUCGCCCCUGCCUCUGAGAGAGGGCCCUAAAUCGGCAUUCAGACUCCCCAAGUGUAACAUGGACCUCAGCCUAAGCACCUCAAACUCAGCUCUCCCUGCAGGACCUCCUCUGUCCCUGGCCUGAGUUCCCUCUCCCUUCAUCAGCCCCGGCCUUUCUCCAGUCGUGGGGGGCUGCCCGCUCCCCAGAAGCUUUGGACAGGAUCCUGAUCAAUGCAAGGGCCCUGCCUCUUGUCCACCCCCCCGCAAGGUGACCCUAAACGCCACUGCUCACAGCCAGGCUCAGUCCAUGCUGGCAGGGCUGGGCCCCGCCCUCAGCACCACGUCUCUUCCCAGCUAACCCAUGCCCUUCGUUUGUCUUUGCAGCUGAUGGCUGAGGAUGGUGGGGUCGUGGGCCUUGCUAAUGGGGGGGCCGGGAGCCCCUCCGACACCAUCAAGGAGACCAGCUGGCCAGAGGACGAUGAGGUCUUUGUGACGGAGCUGCUGAGCCCCACUGUCAUGGCCACAUUCAGGCCCGGCAGCGUGGAGGAGCUGUACGAGCUGCUGGAGAAGCUGGGCAGCGGGCACUUCGGGGUGGUGAAGCGCUGCCGGAAGCGGAGCACGGGAACUUUCUACGCCGCCAAGUUCGUGAAGAUGCGCAAGUGCAAGGGCAGCCGGCUGGGGCUGAACCGCGAGCAGGUGGAGCGGGAGGUCAGCAUCCUGCAGCAGCUGGAGCACCCCAACAUCCUGCGUUUGCACGACCUCUUCGCCAGCAAGGCCGAGAUGGUGCUGAUCCUGGAGCUGAUCCGUGGUGGGGAGCUCUUUGACUUCAUUGCCGAGAAGGAGACGCUGAUGGAGGCGGAGGCCAUCGAGUUCCUGCAGCAGAUCCUGCAGGCCGUUGCCUACAUGCAUGGGCGGCACAUUGCCCACUUCGACCUCAAGCCGGAGAAUAUCAUGCUGCUGGAGAAAGAUGUCCCCAACCCAAAAAUCAAGAUAAUCGAUUUUGGUCUGGCCCAAAAGCUGGAAGAUGGAGUAACCUUCAAAAGCCUUUGUGGGACUCCACAGUACAUAGCUCCCGAAGUGAUUAACUAUGAGCCUCUGAGCUCGGCAACAGACAUGUGGAGCAUUGGCGUUAUUACCUAUAUCUUGCUGAGUGGGAUGUCCCCGUUCCAGGGUGAGACGGAUGCCGAGACUCUCUCCAACGUCGUCGCUGGCAACUACGAGUUUGAGGAAAAAUUCUUCAGCGAGACCACCGAUAUGGCCAAAGACUUCAUCCAGCAGCUGCUGGUGAAGGAGCCUGGGAGUCGCAUGAGCGCAGCCGAGAGCCUCGUCCAUCCGUGGAUCAAGCCCCUGAGCCGGAAGCAGGCCACCAACCGCAGCCGUUCCUCCAUCAACAUGAAGAACUUCCGCAAGUUCAACGCCCGCAGGAAAUGGAAGCUCUCCUACAACAUGGUGUCUGCCUGCAACCGGCUCGGCCACCUGAAACUCUUGUGUGGCCAGAAGAAGGAGGAUGAGACUCUGCGUGGCUGCGAGAGUGACCAGGAGGGCGAGACCACCCACGCGGUGACACUGCUGCGCCGGCGGAGAAGCAGCUGCUCUUGAGACCUGGCCCCCCAACCACAGACUCCAGCAUGCUCCCGCCCCCUCCCCACCCUCUGCAUCAGCUGGGGAGGGGCAGUUGCAUCCCCCAGAGGUGGGAAAGGGGGGAUCCGUGCUCACGACCCUGUGAGAUCAGACACCCCGGCAGCUGGGCUCCAUCCACCGAGACCCGAACAGCGGGAAGGGGCAUUGACUUUGGUCGGGGGAGUGGGAGGCGGCUGGAAAUGGGAUCCUGCCUCUUCACCCCUGCCCCAUGCUCCUCUCUAGCCAGAUGCCUGAGGACUGGGAGUGAGCUGUGGAUGGAGCUGGUGAAAAGGGAACACGUGUCAGUGGGUGAAGCUCGGCCGCUGCCCGCAGCACCUUGGCACCUGGUUAUCGUGUCUGUAGGGCGAGGUAUUGGGGGAUGAGAGAAGAGAUCCCUGCUAUUGACUCUUUCAUUAUCCCUCCCUUAUUCAAACAGAGCCCUCCCACCUCCCCACCAUUAGGGCCUUUCAGGGUGCAUUUUCUGCACCCCUCUUAUGCUUUCCAAUAGGGAACCCCCCCAUGUGGCUGUUCUGUCUGGCACUCGUGGGGUUAAUUGGAACCUUUCCCCCACCCCCCCGCAUUCUGCUCACUUUCAGAUGGUGUGUUCUGGAACUCAUGGGGUUAAUCCAACUGUACCCCCCCCCCGCCCCGCACUUGCCCUAAAGCACUAGGGGCUCUGUUUAUUCCAGCCCUCGUGGGGUUAAUAUGAGUCUCUUUCCCUCCCUUGCACCUCACUUCCCCUCCCCACUCCACUCCGCCUGCUGACCCCCAGCAAUACGCUGGGCGGGGAUGGAUGGCGGCUCUGCAUGUGCGAACGGCUGCCAUGUGGUGCCGGAUGUCUUUACCCAGCUGUUGAGGGGCAACAGGAAGCCAGGUGGGUGCCCCUUCCCCAGCACCCCACAAACCCUUGCAUGCUGGCCUAAGGUGCAUGGCAGGCCAGACCCCCUCCCUCCCUGCCAGCUAUCCAGGGAUGAUCUGCCCAGGUCAUUUUUCCCCCCUGCCUGGUUAUUUUUAAAGAAAUAAACAUGCCAAGCGUCUCCCC